AUGUCUUCUCAAACCAGUGGCUCAGGAGCUUCUUGGCAUCUUUUUUGUUCACUUCUCGAUGAUGGCGGGGAGCCAGAAAUUGUUGUAGUGUCUGAAAUUGAAGAGAAUCCUUCACAUCCUGAAGCAUCCAACCAUGAAAGUCAAGUUGAAGGUAUGCAUCCUAAUCCUGGUCAAUUCAUUCAAGCUAUUGUGACCGAUCGAGGCUUGAUUUCUGUUAUCCUCGACAAUAUUGUCAAAUUUGGCCCACAGUUGAAUAAAAGUCAAUAAGACUCCAAUAUAAAUAGGGCAGUUUCAAGCCCAAUACAAACUGUAAAUCCCGCACAAUUGGACGAUCAAACGGGUAUGUCAACUCUUUGUCGACAAGUGGUUUCGCAUUACAUUAUGAUUCAAUUUUUCAAAUGUAAAUAUCGCGGCGAGUAUUUAGCCCCCUUUAAAACAAAACCCACCAUUGUAAUCCUCACAAAAUAACCUUUCAAACGGGGGGUCAAGUGCUGUCGAACAUUAUACAAACCGAAACAAUCAUAUAUUUAUACUCACCGCUUCGCCAAACAUUCAAACGAUAAAAAGAGAAAAGUUGAAUAUCUUCUAAACUUUUGUCAUUUUCUGAAAGGCUAUAUGUGUAAAAUACUCUUUGUAUUCAAGCGCUUUAGUGUAGAAAGUUUCGUAUGAAUACGACAAGUAGAAAUAUUUAUUUUUAAUUUUUAAAGUAUCGGGUUUUACUUGCACGUGCUUGUAUUACGUAAUACUUGGCCAAUAAGGAGCUCCCUUUAGCCGGGAUGACGUCAAACUCACGUGUAUGGGUGCACUUUGACCUGUGGAAUCAAUUUCUGGCAUUUCCAGAGUCACGCGAUACAAGCGUAGCAUUGUUUUGACGAGUUUUCGUCGUAUUUCCGGUUGGGAUUUACCGGCAGACCUUACAGACAGAGUGAGUUGAAACAAUGCAAAAUUGACUUGUCUAAAACGAGUAAGGAAUAUCAAAAUAACUGUCAAAUCCAAUGAAACGUGUCGUCAACAGCUUUGCCUGGUUGUAUUGAUGAACCGGAGCACUGUAGCGGUAAUAAUAUAAUUUUGGAUACCACGUUGGCAACAAUAGAAUCUGAUAAGGCAAGCAUGUUUAGCAACCAUUCAUGCAAUAAUGAUUACCCCUCAAGUGACGAAGAAUGCACAAUUGACUGUUCAUGCAUUCAUCAUUAUGUCUCAAAUGACGAAGUUAGCACAAUUAGUGAGCACUCAAGUAUUCAUGAAUACAUUACAAUUGACAAGGCUAGUGUUGAUUUUACAGAUGUUAGUGUUAAUGUUAUAGAUAAUUCCUCAACCCCAACUUUUCAGAAACAGUUAAACCAAUAUGAGAGAAACAACAAAUUUCUUUCUCUGAAGGACUUCAUAAAAGCGUCAAAAUCGUACCAAAUAAAACGCAGUAUAAAAGAAAGAAAUUCCGUCGCAGGCAAAGUGCCCCAAGGCAUACAUAUAAUCUUCCUAAAGAAAGCUACACACGUACCAAAUCUGUAA